AUGCUGCCCACUACCGAAAGAGCUCCGUACACAGAAGAGCACGUGGCAAGACUUGAUGCAAGUGACCUUGAGCACAUUUCACGACUUACCAUCCACUGGGAAUUCGACCACUUGGCAGAGAUGAUGUAUGAACUUGCCGCGCCAAAUGGCUUCUGGCGAAUCAUCGAUCCCGCCAAUAGCCACCCCGACAAUGGUCGUGAUCGGGUCUGGCUGUAUGAGUGGGAUUACACGGAGGAAGUUGAUGACUUGAACAGCCAAUGCACUUGGUCGGAUCGCGCGACGAUGAAGGAUGCUAUUCGAUUCCUGUUGUACUUGGACGGACGCGAUCCGCCGGCGGACGAGACUGGUUGA